AUGACAGAAAUUCUUAGAUAUUGUCAAGGUAUCAUGCAACGUGGUAUCAAAGAAUCUAUUAAAACAUUAUAUUACACAGGUGAACUCAAAUUUGGUACAUUAGUUGGUGUUGAUAAAGUUGGUAAUAGAUAUUAUGAAAAUAGACAAGAAAUCUAUGGAAGACAUAGAUGGGUAGAAUAUGGAGAUUACAAAUCAAAUGAUCCAACCACCAUCCCACCAGAAUAUCACAGUUGGAUUCACCACGUUUCUGAUAAACUCCCAAGUGAAAUGCUUCCAUUUUCACCAACAUACAAAAGACCACAUAUUGCCAAUCCAACUGGUACUGAUGGUGCCUAUACACCACCAAAUUUCUUAUUCAAUAUUGAAAAAUCAAAAGAAGAACUUCAAAAAGAAGAAAAGAAUGAUAACAAACAAUAA